AUGGGCAGUAGAGACGAACACCACCUUCUUUCAACCGAGAUCGUGAACCGUGGCAUUGAGGCGUCGGGGCCGGACGCCGGCGCCCUAACAUUCUCGGUGAGGGUUCGCCGGCGGCUGCCCGAUUUCGCACAGUCGGUGAAAUUAAAGUACGUAAAAUUAGGGUAUUAUUACGUUAUAAAGAACUGGUUGUGCUUGGCCGCCACGGUGCCGCUCCUCACGGUGGUGUUCGGCGUGGAGGUGGGGAGUGAAAAAGUGUGGGGAAAGAUAUGGGAAAAUAGUGGGCGCCCUGAUGAUUUUGGUGUUGUCAUCUCCCUUUUGGGUUUGCUUGGUUUUACUCUCUUCAUUUACUUCAUGGCUAAGCCAAUGCCUAUUUACCUUCUUGACUUUGCAUGCUGCAAACCAAGUGAUGAUCUUAAGGUGACAAAGGAACAAUUCAUAGACAUUGCACGAAAAUCAGGAACAUUUGAGGAAAAAAGCUUAGAAUAUCUAAAGAGAAUGCUGGAAUCAUCGGGAAUUGGAGACGAGACAUAUAUCCCCAAGUCCAUUGGAUGUCCAGAAAAGAUUAAGAAGUUGAACAACAUUCGAGCCGAGGCAUCGCAGCUUAUUUUCGAGGCGAUCGACAAAGUGUUGGCGAAGACAAAAAUAAGGGCGAGGGACAUAGGAAUCUUGGUCGUGAAUUGUAACACGUUUAACCCGACACCGUCGCUGUCGGCCAUGAUCAUAAACCACUACAAGAUGAGGAGAAACAUUCUAAGUACGAAUCUGGGCGGGAUGGGUUGUAGCGCCGGGAUUAUCGCCUUGGACUUGGCAUGUGACAUCCUCCGAGCAAACCCCAACCGCUACGCUUUGGUUGUUAGUACCGAAAUAGUGAGCGCCACCUGGUACUCCGGCAACCACCGCUCCAUGCUCAUCCCUAAUUGCUUCCUCCGAACCGGCUGCUCCGCCGUCCUCCUCUCUAACCGCCGCCGCGACUACCGCCGCGCAAAGUACCGCCUUGAACAUAUUGUCCGUACUCAUCAAGGCGCAAAACACCGUGCUUUUAGGUCUAUCUACCAAGAAGAAGAUGAUGAACGCAUAAAGGGAUUGAAAAUCAGCAAAGAUUUGGUAGAAGUAGGAGGAGAAGCUCUCAAGGCAAACAUCACAACAUUAGGGCCACUAGUCCUCCCUUUAACGGAGCAGUUCUACUUCUUCCAAACCCUAAUUAGGAGAAAGCUAUUCGGAGCUAAAACCAAGCCUUACAUCCCGGAUUACACCAUCGCUUUCGAACACUUCUGCAUAAACGCAGGGAGCAAGAUGCUGCUGGAUGAGCUGAAGAGGAACCUGAGAUUGAGCGAGCAGAACAUGGAGGCCUCCCGGGCGACAUUGCAUCGCUUUGGGAACACUUCUAGCAGCAGCAUUUGGUACGAGCUCGCGUAUUUGGAGGCGAAGAAGAGAGUGAAACCUGGAAAUCGCAUAUGGCAACUAGCCUUGGGGUCGGGGUUUAAGUGCAACAGCGCCGUGUGGGUGACACUGCAAGAAGCUGGGAAUCUUUCGAGGUUUAAUCCUUGGCUCGAUUGUCUAGAUAGGUACCCUCAACAAGCCAUGUAA